CAUAUAAAAUACCAUAUACUGAGGUUUCAAUUGAUGCCGGGAGUACCUUAUCUAGUUGGUAUAGAAGUCUGUGACAAUUCCGAGCCGUUUUUAUUCAUAUCGAACUGUUUUGCGAGUGUACGUGUUGGACGUCGACUUUGCGUGUGCUUCCUCCCCCCCCUCCGACCAACAUAUCGGCUAGACUGGUGAUUUACACGAGUGUGCUGGCACGGCGGCACAACUGCAACUAGUUGUCGUGUUUCUCUUGUCGUCGGACGUCGAAGGUGUUGCGGUUUCUUAGCAGCAGUAUUUACCUCAGUAUCAAGAGUCACUGUUUUGCGUCGCGAUCGUUAUACCAUGGUAUAAGUUCACGAUCGUAAUACUAUAAUAUAAGUUCCCGAUUGCCGCUUGCCACCGCCAGGCUGAUCACCCGGAAUAACUCGUCCACCGCCUAUUCCGAUCACCACCGCCGACCAACAACAUCAUCGCCUCCGUCGUUAUAUAUUUUAUGAACUCCAAAACCUGGACUUCAUAUACCAAUUACAAUGCAAAAUAAAAAGGAAAAAAAAGAAUCUGGAAGAUGUGAAAAACUUGCUAAAUACGAAUAUAAAAAAUUGUUUUACGCAGAGACAUAUGAAGUAUUACAAGUGUUACGUCACAAUGGGUUUUUUUCUGAUAUUAAACUAAAAGCAGACGAUAACAAAAUCGUAAUCGCACACAAAGUGGUUUUAGCAUCAGCUAGUCCAUAUUUCUAUGCAAUGUUCACCAAAUUUUCAGAAAGGAAUCAUGAACUUGUUGUAAUGAGAGGGAUAGAUUCAUCCGCUUUACAGCUGUUAGUAAACUUUCUUUAUUCUGGAAAAAUAUUGAUCACUGAAGAAAACGUCCAGGAUUUAUUGCCAGCUUCAAAUCUCUUGCAAUUACAAGAAGUAAAAGAGGCGUGUUGUGAUUUUUUACAGUCACAACUGUGUCACACAAAUUGUAUUGGUAUAUUCGCCAUAGCUGAUUUACAUAGCUGUGCGAAAUUGUUAACAAGUUCAAAAUUUUAUAUUCAACAACACUUUUCAGAAGUCGUUGGUGAUGACGAAUUCCUAUCGUUAUCAUCGGACCAAGUAAUUCAGUUGAUCUCUAGUGAUAAACUUACAGUUCCAUCUGAAGAAAAAGUAUUUGAAAGUGUUAUUCGUUGGGUAAAAUAUGAAUCAGGUUCAAGAAAAUGUAUUUUACCCCAAUUAAUGGAACACGUACGGUUACCAUUAACAUCAAAGAUUUACAUAAAUAAAGAAGUAGUUAAGGAAUGCCUUAUAAAUAAUUGUUAUAAAUGUAAAGAUUACAUAAACGAGGCAUUAAAUGUUCAUAGACUGAAGUCAAAAGACCUGAUUCCACACAACAUCCGGAAUAAUCCUAGACAUGGAGAUAAAAUUAUCUUAGUUGUUAGUAGAUUUGAUACUAAUGAAUGUAUCAGUACAAAAUUUUUCGAACCGAAAAUAAAUCGAUGGCAUAAUGGACCUGAAAUGAUAACAAACCGUAGAAAUGUUGGUCUAGCUGUAGUGAAAGAUAAUUUAGUAUUUGCUGUGGGUGGUUCUACUCAUUUUUUUCGUCAAGUUCGGUCUGUUGAUGUGCUUGAUUUAUCUGCAGAGUCACCGUGUUGGAAACCGAGUGUUGAGAUGUUUGUUAAACGAAACAAAGUAGGAGUUGGUGUAAUCAAUAAUUAUCUAUAUGCCGUCAGCGGAUAUAAUUUUUGUGAUAAUAUAUCAGAUAGUGCAGAAGUGUUCGACUACAAUACUCAAAAAUGGCGCAUGAUAUCUAGUAUGCCUACUAGAAGAGCCAGUUUUGGGGUCGGAGUCCUGAAUAAUCUUUUAUAUGCGGUAAACUAAUAUGUUUUUAUUGAUUUUAAAUUUGUUAUAUAUCUGAUACAAUA